AUGUCUCAAUCUGAUAUUAACCAAAUCGAUGCUCAAGAACUUAAAUCCUAUGAUUCCGAUUUAUUUGUUGACACAACUACUUCUCUUUCAAAAUACGUAAAAGAUUUACGUGGUCCAAUGUAUAGAGUAAGACAAGAACGUGAUUAUGUUAUUGACACGUACUUCAAACAUUUAACUGAACUUGAAAAAAGAUAUAAACAACUUGAAUCAAAUGAUAAAGAUGAAAGUGAAGAUGAAGAGAAAAAACAUGUUAAGAGGAGAAAAC